AUGAGUCAGGGAGCUACUGUGGUAACACUACCAGCACUUGGCCGAAAUGUGCGACUUGGUAUGCUAUGCGAUAUACGCACUGGAGAGCUGUACGGCGGCGUGUCUCUUUGGGAUGACAGCGACAUUAACGGCGAAAUGGAGAUCGAGAGCGACAAAGUUCAGAAUGCCGAAUACAUGUACUCAACCUCUCUCGAAGAAUCUCGAAAAAAUGCUGCCCUUGAUGCCGAAGGCUCGCUCGCCCUAGAUCUCAAAUUAGUUCAGGCCACGGGUUCGGCUAAAUAUCUCAAUAAUGAGAGGUCUAGCACCUAUGAAGCCCGGGUCGACGUCUCUUGCAGCAUUGUUCGGUAUACACGCUAUAUCCCUCAGGAGACCCUGGCAUCGAUGAAAUAUGCGAAACACCUCGAAACUUCAGAUUACACUCACUUUGUCGCCGAGGUUGACGAGGGUGGUAGUGCUACGCUCAGCUUUGUUCAAUCCUGCUCGUCGUCUGAAGAAGCAAAGUCUAUCUCAGGCAAGCUCAAAGCAACUAUUAUGAAGAUGCCGAUCUCACUUGAGGCUGAAAUCAAGUAUUCUGACGAAGAAAAGUCUCAGUUCAACUCUACAAAGAUAUCCUACCACGGCGCCAUAGCCGAAAGCAUCUCCAACUUCGACGACGCUUGCCGUGUUGCUGCCGAGAUGCCUACCACGUUGAUGAGACAAAAGAAUGCUCUUUCUUACAAACUUCUACCCCUUUCGGUGCUGAAUGAUGCCGGGAGCCGUGAAAUUCGUAAGCUCGACUCUAAGCUAGUCGUCGAAACAGCUGCUACGCUUGAUGCGGGGAGACUGGCAAGACUGAAGCUGGAGGAAUUGAAGCAGCAUGAAUUGUUUCAGGACUCGUUCCCUGCGAUCAAGAGUCAAGUUAUAAACAUAUACAAUGUAUUUCUCCAGGCUGAAACUGAAAUGAUAUCAGCUGCUCGCCAACUUCUCCCUGAACUUCGAAACGGCAAAAUUGCUUAUGAUUCCAAGUUCAAGGAGCUUCAAGAUGCCGUCCGUCUCUUUCAGCAGCGUACUCUCUUCGUGGAAGAGUUUAUCAGUAAGAAACAAAAGGAGAGUUCUCUCAUUGCCUCUACGAUUCACACCCUUUUGAAGAUCGGUUUUGUGAAUUAUCUGGGAGAGCCGAUGAUACAACCACUAGGAAACAUCGAUCCACCACGCCUACUUCUGUCACUUGGAGGGAGCAUUCUCAACAAAUUUCGACACCCCCUUCAAAAGAGUAUAGAAUUGGCAACUAUACUUCCGACUAGAAAAGAUGGCUCGGAUGAUGGUCAUGAUGAAUAUGACGACGAGGACGAAGACGAUGACGAGGAUGUGGAAUGGUUUGAGAACCCUCAAACAGAUGCCGACGUGCGUCGUUCUUGCGAGAUACUAAAGAAACAACGUGCGCUUGCAGCAAAAGAUGUGAUAUUUGGAAUUGCAAACAUCGAAAAAGCGAUUCAGCCCCCUCGUCACAAGCGAGGCAGGACAAAAGUCGGCGACAUCAUUCUUGGUUAUAAGGGCAAGCUUGUCGUCGUGACCACCCUUCUCCCUGAUGCCCCGACAGCUCCAACAUUGAGAGUGGAUGGACAGAAGAUAAAUGUGUCUUGGGAGCAUAAACGUAGCGACACCGCUGAGGAAGUACUUCCUACCACUGGCUACAUUGUGCAUUAUCGUCCCCGACCCAAUCGAGACGAGGAUGGAGCCUUUCCUCGCGCAACAGAAAACGAGCUCGUCUCAGAUGUACAUACCGCACCUUCUGAAACAAUGGUAUCGAUUGAAAAGAAUGACAGUGGAGCCUUCUUGUUCGAUGAUUGCGAAUAUGAAGUUACGCUCAGUGUCGAGACAGAUUUAGGGAUCUCAGUCAGCAGCAGCCCUGUAUCAAUUCGCACGCCUAGAAUGCCUUCUGUGGCCUCUCAAAUCAUUCAUUUCUACAGGACGAAUAGCAAGCAGCUCUCAAUUGCAAGUCCAGCGAGGAAACCUUGGGAGCUCGUUGAGUCUGCUGGCAUGAGCACACUCUUCUUAGGUCUGAAGACUCUAGUGGAACGAAGAUGUGCCGAAUUUCCCUUUGAAGAAAAGCUUGCAGUGAAAAUCGUCGACGUUGCCCCGGAAUAUGAGCCUGAGCUGCUACCCUCAGAUAUUCAUGACAGCAAUAAGACAAUUGUGGCAGUUUUCACGGGCACUAGCGGCCAUGGUAAGAGCACCGAAAUCAAUGCCUUCAUCUCAUAUUUGCUUGGCGGCGAGGCCGACGAUGCUGCACGUAUCAUGGUCAUCGACGAUCGCGGUGCCAAACAAGAACAAUCAGUUACCAAGUAUGUCACCUGUUACCGAGUUAGGCCUCAUUCUCCUCUUUUCGGAGGUAAGACGUUCCUCAUUGUCGACACACCUGGUUAUGGGGAUUCGAGAGGCAUCGAAGGCGACAAGUUCGUCACAGCCGCCAUGUCUAUGUUCUUCGAGACUGUCCGACACAUCAACGCCAUCAUAUUCGUGUGCCGUGCCAAUGAAGCUCGCAUAGGUCCUCUGAGCCCCGUCGCGACAUAUAUAUUCUCUCUCUUCGCCAAAGACGUUGAAGGUUGUUUACGCACUAUUUACACAUUUACUGACCCUGGCGAACCACUUGCCCGUGGGGCCCUUCAAGCACUCCAAUGGCCGGUGGAAAAUGGCGAGAUUGAGGUGAAUAAUGCCGCGUUUAAAAUCCAACUAGAUGCAGAACAUAGCUACAAGGACCGAGACUGGUGGCGUUUAUCUAUUUCUGCCCAAUUUCUGGUGAAACAUAUGCUCCUUGGCAUGGCGGCUAUACCGACCGCGGCGAGUGCUGGUGUUACAAAGCACCGCCGCAGACUUGAGCAAAGGUGUGAACUCACUGAGAAGAAGAUCCUCACCACAGCCGAAAAGGCUAGGAUUGUUAUUUCUAGAUUGGGUGACCUGGCCACAACGGUUACAGCUCCUCCAGAUCAGAAAAUUUGGAUUGAGGAACCCAGGGCUGUUCUGCGAGACGUGCCAGACGGUAAAGCAACGACUUUGUGUCUGGAUUGCAACACGACAUGCCACGAAAUAUGUGGGAUCUCCGAUGAUAGUAAUAAGAACGGCUGUAUAGCAAUGAAGAACGGCUCUUGCACCAUAUGUCGGAAACGCUGCCAUUGGAAUCGACAUAAAAAUGCCCGAUUCAUCGUUGACUUUGAAAUGCACAAAGAGCAGGUGGUGCCAAAGGAUUUAAUCCAAUCUUGGAACCAGAACACCAGCACGCACGAGGGUGCUCUCCUCGGAGCUAUAGAGACAUACCUAGAGCUACAGAAAGAGUUACGUGACGACAUUGUCGGACUAGCUGAGCUUACGAGUAAACUUAUGCAGACGGCGCUCUUACAUGACCCAACGGCACUUAUCACAUAUAUCGAGACACUCAUUCAGAGCGCAAGAGCACGCGGCGCCUCUCCGCAGCAGCUUAAUCAACUGGCAACGGCCAAAGGCACGCUGCAAUUGGUUUUGAAAAUUAAACAAGAAGGAAAGAAAGCAAAACGCGAGUCUGAGAUCAUGAUUGACGUCCUCGGUGCGGUAGAAGAGGAGAUGAUUCGUCGGAUGGAACUCGACAUCGACCAGCGUCUUAAGGAAGAAAAGAAAUCAUGCAAUUUGUACAACAGACUUUAUGCAAAACUUCCUCGCCAAAUUCAACGCAAAAUCACUCCGUCACUAAGGGAGGAUUUCUUGUUAAUCAAGGGAGCAACAUACCUUGAGAAUCUAAAAGCCAUUGUGAGUUUAGUUCAAACACUGCUAGAGGAUGGGAAUAUAGUUGCAACGAUCGCUCAGCUAGAAGAUGGAGAAUAA